AAGUAGUUGCUUAUGUGAAAGAAUGUGAAAGAAAUAAAGCUGCAUGUAUUUUUAUACUUGAUAGUAGUAUGGUUAGAUGCUGGGUAAUUGCAAGUGAAAAUCAGAAUGAUGAAGUAAAUCAACAUAGUAAAUCAUCUGGUUCAGGUUGGAAGGCUUUUUAUGCAGAAG